AUGAUGGGAAAAGACUAUUACCAAAUUCUUGGUAUCACCAAGUCUUCAAAUGAAGAUGAAAUCAAAAAAGCUUACAAGAAAAUGGCGUUGAAAUAUCACCCCGACAAAAACAAAUCACCAGGUGCUGAGGAAAAAUUUAAAGAGAUAGCAGAAGCUUAUGAUGUGUUGGGAGACCCGAAGAAACGAGAAGUAUUUGAUAAGUAUGGAGAAGAGGGAUUGAAAGGUGGAAUGCCAGGCGGACAAGCAAAUGGCCCAAUGCCUGGUGGAGGUGGAAGAGCUGGAACUGGAAAUACCUACCACUAUACUUUCCACGGAGAUCCUCACCAAACAUUCAAAAUGUUUUUUGGAGAUGAUGACCCAUUUAGAAGUUUUUUCGGAGGUCACCAAGGAUUUGGAGGAUUGGGAGGACAUGAACAUAUGGAGGUGGAUGACGAUCCGUUUGGACACUUUGGCAGAGGUGGUGGUAUGAACAUGAUGGGUGGUAGACAACCUCAAAGAUCUAAACGCCAAGAUCCUGCUAUUGUCAAAGAAUUACAGACGCCUAUGGAGGAGAUAUUAAAUGGUGCUACCAGAAAAUUAAAGAUAACCAGGAAAGUUAUGAAUUCUGAUGGUCGAUCUGUAAGGACUGAAGACAAGAUAUUAACUGUGGAGAUUAAAAAAGGAUGGAAAGCUGGAACCAAAAUAACAUUUCCUAAAGAAGGUGAUCAAAGCCCGAAUAGUGUUCCAGCAGAUGUUGUAUUUAUAAUAAAAGAUAAACCUCAUCCACUCUUCAAACGAGAAGGUUCAGACAUUCGUUACAAGGCAACAUUGCCUUUAAGAGAUGCUUUGUGUGGUGGAACUAUAAAUAUACCAACAUUAGAUGGACGACAAAUUCCAUUGAAUUUAUCUGAAGUUGUGAAACCACAGACUGUUCGUAGAAUUCAAGGAGAAGGACUACCUCAUCCAAAACAACCAUCGAAACGUGGUGAUCUUAUCAUAGAAUUUGACAUUAAAUUUCCAAGUAACAUUAGUCCAUCAGUACGUAGUAAAUUAAAGGAACUAAUACCAACAUCAUAA